AAGCAAGAACCUCCAGAACCGCGCUUCCGUGGUGUUUGGUGUUAGUGUGCGCAAUCAUCACCUUUGAAACUACACACCAACACAUUGCCAUUCUUCCUAAUUAGCACCUGAGGGCGAUACAUUUGGACCAUUGGCCUUUACAGCGGACCGUGCCGUGGCUGCGUGGGUGUCUUAACGAAGAUAAAAAUAAAUAAUUCCCCUUCCAACCUCUUUUCCACACAUACACAAUUCCCUUCUCGCUUGCUCUAAACAACAACAAACUGCUCGAAUUCCACCCCACCCGGUCGCGGGCGGUAUGGGGGGCAGAAGGCGCAACAGUCACAACAACGAGAAGCUCGAAAUUUGGGGGGAAAAUCUGCUCGCUUCUACGGUAACUCAUUUUCCCGAGAGUGCGAGAGUGGGAGAGGCAAAUAUUCUCACUCUCUCUCUCUCUCUCUCUCAGCGCGAGUGUGAAAAACUCAUCAUCCAGCAGCCCAAAAACCCGUAUCCCAGUUUCCCGUGUUGCCACUGUACGUGUGUGUGUGUGCGUAUCUUGGCUCUGGAUUGUUCGACCCGAGUCGUCCGCACCUGGUGCAGUGUGGGUCAGUCGUACAGCAUGUCCACAGCGAAAAGGACGACGGCGUUAACGACAAACAAGCCGACGACAGCCAGCACCACCACCCCAACCGGCCAGUGCGGCAACAUUUUCAGCCACCGUUCGGACGAACGGACACGGCCGACAAAAACAAGCCGAAACGCAACCCGGAUGAGCAGUGAUAGCGGGUUUAGCCGCGAGGCGAGUGGCGCACACUGCUCACAGACGCAAACAGACCGUGCCCUGCUGUUCCUUUAAAAAUCCCGUACCAAUUCAUCCUUUCCCCAAUCCAAGCAGCCCGUGCAAAAACGCGUGCGUGUGCCUGUGUGUGUGGUGCUCUGGUGUAGAAGUGUGUGAACAUGUUUACCCAACCUGCACAGUAACAAGCAGACCAGCCGGACGGACGGACGGACGUACAGAGAGCUCUUACACAACGCGAACGGCGAGCAGACGGAGACGCGGGGGUGGUGGGCAGCAGGUGGUGCCAGAUACACCGAAGUGAAGACGACGACGACGAGGAACAGGAUGGAUUUCACGCCACUACCGUCGGAGCUGGAGGAGCUGAUCCUGUGCAGCUGCUGCCAUCUGCCGUUCAACGAGACGGACGCACUGCCGAAGCUGUUCUCCUGCCGGCACUACUUCUGCCUCAAGUGCGUCAACCAGGUGCUGCUGAAGGGCAACGAGCUGUACUGCGUGCACUGCUGGAAGCGGACGGAGCUGACCGGGCCCGACAUGAAGCCGGACGCGCUGCCGACGCACAACGCGAUCCUCUACCUGUCGCAGAACCUGAGCAUGAUCUCGAGCGGCAGCAGCAGUAGCAGCGUGACGGCUGCCAACAAAAAGCCACCGGACAAGCCGAACGGUGGCGGCGGUGGUGGUGGUGGUGAGGGCUCCUCGAGCACCUCCUCGGGCACGAGCAAUGGUGGUGGUGGUGGCACAGCGAUCGUGGUGGCUGGCGGAGUGCCCUCACCGACAAGCUCGACAGCGGCGGCGGCGGCGGCGGUGCCUGCGACGCCACCGGGCAACGGUGCCGGACCGAGCGGUAUCAGUGUGAUUGUGGGGGGUGCGGGAAACGCUGGCGGCAACACUAGCAGCAGCAGCAGCAGCGUGGCCAGUGGCAUCAGUGCUGUGGCGGUGACGGCGGGCGGCAGCGGUGCGGCCAACGGGUCCGUCAUGACGGGUGUGGUCGGGGUGCCGCCACCCUCGAACGGUAGUGCGGCGGGCGUGAUCGGUAGUGGUGCGGGCGGGCUCGUAAGCGGUAUCGGGCUCGGUGUCGGUGGGACGGUGGUGAGCGCGAUCGGGUCGGGCAAGUAUCGGAGCAAGGGCGAGAACUGUCUGACGCACGCGAUGCCGAACGCGCUCUGGUGCCUGAAGUGCAGUGCCGCCCUGUGCCGGGGUUGCGCGAGCGGCGACGAACAUCGGCAGCAUCCGGUGAAGACGCAGGCGGAGGCGCGCGACCACAUCCGGACGGACAUUGCGUCGGAUCUGCUGCUGAUGCAGAAGUCGCUCGCCGAGCUGCAGCACUUCGUGUUCAAGCAGCGCGACUUCCUGCUCAAGAUACUGGAGGCGUGCACCGCGCUCAAGACGCAGGUCGAGACGGAGCUGAUCAACCAUCUGCCCACGUUCGAGGUGGCCGAGAUACGCAGCAACCUGACGAAGGCGAAGCUGUACCUCGGCAUGCUCGACCAGCAGUCGCCGGCGGAGGCGUACAAGCUGUACGCGAACCUGCACAUCGAGAAGCAGCGGCUGCAGUCCAAGUACCAGGAGAUGCUGCUCCAGUGCAAGCUGGACGAUCUGAUCCAGCACUACGGCGUGCUGUUCGAUUUCGACCUGAUCAAGCAGGCGCUGUCCAACCUGAACGCGAUCGAUCCGCUCUCCUUCGGCAAUGGGGGCGCGAUGGGCGGCUCGCCCUCGGCCGCGAUCAACGGCCACCACAACUCGAUACUGCUGCUGGCGAACUACUGCAUCUCGCAGCUGUACUCGCGCCACGUCCUCACCACCAAACAUCAUCCCUCGCAGCAGCAGCAACAGCAGCAGCAGCAACAACAGCAACAACAGCAGCAUCAGCAGCAGCAACUUUCGUCACAGCUUGGCGGUGGUCCGCUGGAAGGUGUCACACUCGGCGGUGGACACCAUUACGUCCAUCAGCAGUCACCGAGUCACGUGAGCAUGAACCAUCUGCAUCACCACGUCGCCCAGCAGCUUCAUCAUCACCAACAGCAGCAGCAGCAGCAGCACCAUCAGCAGCAUCAACUGGCCGGGUCCGGCACAUACGCCAGCCAGUUGCACGACAUGGCCUCGGCCAUCCUGAUCGCACCGCCCCAGGACCGCAUGGCGCCGGGCAGCGGGCGGACGGCGGGCGACGGGGCCGGCGGUUCCAGCUCGGCCCGCACGUCCGGUUCCGGCUCGGGCUAUCUGAGCGAGAUCCUGAACGGCAGCACGUCCGCCCUCCAGCAUCAGCAUGCAGCCGUCGCACUGCAGCAGCAGCACCAACAUUCCUCGCAGCUCGCCUCCCCGGGCGGCCUGAUGUCGUCCUCGUCCUGCUCGAGCGUCGUGUCGCUCGUCCCGGCCGCACCGGCGUCGUCCGGCUCGUCCUCGAUCGUGGUCGGUGCGGGCAAGGGCGGCGGCGGCGGCGGCCAAUCGCCGAGCUCGGCGGCGGCUGCAGCGGCGGCCGCGGCCGCCGUCGCCGCCACGCUGCUCUGCAAUCCGUCCGUGCACGUCUACCCGAUCUACUUCUUCAGCGUCGAGAUCAACGGCCAACCGUUCGGGCGCAUCCUGAUCGAGGUGCGGAACGACGUCGCGCCGAAGAUGGCGAAGAACUUUGGCGCCCUGUGCACGGGCGAGCUCGGCUUCGGCUACAAGGGCUGCAGCAUCUUCCAGUGCUGGGAGAACGAGAGCAUCAUUACCGGCGACUUCGAGCUGAACAAUGGGCGGGGCGGCCGGUCCGUGUUCGAGGAGGGCUUCUUCAUGCCGGACGACACGAAGAUACUGGCGAUCCGGGGGUCGGUCGGGAUGCGGCGCAGCCAGAAGCGCCACGACAACAUGGGGCUGGUCGGGUCGCAGUUCCGCAUCAUCCUGCGGGAGAUGCGCGGCUUCACCGGCAUCUUCGCGUUCGUGGUCGAGGGGCUGGACCUGGUGGAGAAGAUCAGCCAGGCGGGCGAUUCGGCCGGCAAGCCGCAAAGCACGGUGCUGAUCGCGAACUGUGGCAAGUGGCAGUAGGUGGUGAUGUAGACGACCCUUUAAGGUGUCACAACUACACGUGGUUUGUGUUGUUCCUCUGUCGAUAGCGAUUCGUUCUGUUACUUACAUUAGGGGUUUGGUGGGGUUUUUUUAUUUUGUUUUGUUCGGGGACGAUAGCGAGGGCGGCAUGAAUAGUGAUAGUGCACAGUGCAAAUGGCCAAAGAGCAAAGCGUGUUGUGGAAGAAGUUCGUCGCUUCUAUUCCAUUGUUGAGUUUGUGUAGUGCGGAGCGCAAUGGGCGGAGGGUAGAGCAGGGACGCGUUGUUAGGAUAUAGGUAGCGUAAUUAUCAUUAUGUUUGUCUCCUUACGCCUCUCUGUCUGUCACAUAGACACACACACACUGAUCGUUUGACUAGUAUUGUUAAUUAGAUUCAUACUUCGUCGUUCCUUUCGGUUCGCCUUCCAAAGGCUUCCCACACCGUUUUCUGUUGGUAGUUUUUAACACUAGUUCACUAGUUCACGCACGGGAAAAAAGCGAAGUGUGGGAGCAAUUUAACGGCGCACUACUAACGGUAACGGACCAAACACGUAAUGUCCCGGGGUCUUUUUUCGUUUCAUUUGGCGGUAGUAAGAUCGGCUUCUACUAGACUGAACGGCGCACCGCGCACACACGACGGCAGUAGGGUAGGUUAGGGGAGGGAGUCGGACAAGCGGCGGCACGGUAGCGAUUACUAACAAAACAAAGCAAGCGAGCAAACUCGGAACCGGAUUCGACACGGAUAGGUGUAGCUUUUCCUUAGGAUAUAUGAGAGACGAUUACUAUAUACUUCACCGCUCGAUAGGGGAGCAACAGCGACUCCUGCUUAGCAACGGAAGAGCGCGCCACACACGUAGCAGCGAGUCGUUGUCGUUGCUUGCGAACACAUGUACAACUUUCUAGAGACGACAAGAUCGUGAUCGUGAUGUGGAAGAGUGUAUACACUGGGGGGGGGGGGGGGGUCCCGCCGAUUAUCGAACACAAGUCACGGGGCAGGGAUAUCACGAAGAGUAGGUGGCUACUAGUUGAUACACACACACAUAAGCAAAUAGGGGUAGGUUACACUGGAUAGAAGGAAAGCAAAGGUGGUGGAAUUUCGCUUCACAAUUCCACCGAUGGAUAGGGACAGUGCACACGAGACAUAGACACGCGCACUCGCAUCGCAAGAUCUUCCGAGGGAAACGAAGAAGCCAUCUACAGCGAAAUGAAGCUGUUAGGAUCGUGCACUUACACACGUGCAUCCGUAUGUAUCGACAUAAUCACACACACACACACCUGAUCCAACGGUAACGAUAACACUGGGCGCGGGGAAGGGAAGGGGAAAGCAAACGGCAAAUGAACACAAUUUUAAUGAUGCACACGCCUCGUAUUUCAAGUGCGAUAAAUAUGCUAACAACAUAAUGUGUUGCAAACAAUGGCAAUGGAGACAAAACGGAAAAAUAGUAUAAAUGAAGCGAAAAGUUAUAAAGCAAAACAACACAACACAACACACACCCACGAGGAGCAAAUCAACACAAGCACAGAAGCAAAUCACACAAGUUAAACAAAAAAACGCAUGAAACCACGAAAAAAGGGAAUAAAUCAUGAACGUAAAGAAAGUACAAUGCAUUGUAUUAACUGUUAAAUGUUAGGUGAAAACUCGUAAAAACGUGUGACGUGCACGCCGCUAAGCGCGUAUUGGAUUGUAGUAAAAACGUGAGUAGGCUUUAAGCAAAACAUACGUAGGAAAGGAAAAGUAGGCACGCGAAACGAACCCGAAACCGUUAAAUGUAUGAAGAAAGAAAAGAAUAUAUAUAUACAAACACAAACAAACCAUACAACAGAGAGAGAGAUAGAGAGAGAGAGAGAUAGAGAGAGAGAGAGAGAGAGAGAGAGAGAGAUAGAGAGAGAGAGAGCGUGGGACAGAGUUUUUGCAAAAAGCGCGUUAGCGAAACAAGUGUUAUAGAGGUUCGAGAUGUAACAAAGGAAAAGAAGAAAAACAAAAACAACCCAAACUAUAUAUUAUAUAUAUUCCCUGCUGCAUAAAUACGGAAACGUUAUAUUACCUGCAGAAAAAAGCUAUAUUUUUAUUGUGCAGUAGUGGACAGACACAGAAAGCAAACGCGAGCAAACAGGCAAAACGGUGUGCAAAGAAACAUAUACAUGAAACAAAAACCAAACAAAUAUAUAUAUACAUGUAUUUAAGCAUAAAUGUGUUACACAAAGCGUUAACUUUUCACGGUACACCCAAACCGGCGGUGGUACCAAACAAAACAAAACAAAACAAAAAAACACUAUAAACGGAACAUUUUUUGCGGAACGGAAUACCGAAGCCAUAUCCACGAUUCUCUCGCUCGGCUCAACACACACCGUACAACACAAAAAAGCAAAACAAAAACGGCAUGUAGAGCUUAGGGCGAUUAGAACACGUUCUAAGUGCAUGAGUGCAUUCGGUGAAUCAUCUCGAUUCUGUGCUGCUUAAGCAUUUUGCUGACAAAUAGUAACCGUUUCCUGGGGUUCGGCGAACUCAAAACCAAUCAAAAAAAGGGGGAAAACAGCAACAAAAAAACACUAUUUAAAUUUUUACUCUCCUACAUUCACUGUACAUAAAUGUAUGUGUGUGUAAGCGUUUUGUGUGGAGCAAUGAGCAAUUAUUUACAACAGUGUAUAGUUCGAUGCAAGGCGAUUGUCGAAGAGAAAGUAGAGAUAUAAACGAAACAGGACACCGGCUGAUUGGCGCGCGAUCUUUGCGAGCCAAUCGUUAGCGCUGUAGCGAUGAACUGUGAAGAGACUGAAUGUUUUGGAAUGACAAAAAAAACGUAAACCGAACCUACCAAUAAUAAUAAUAAUAAUAGCACACCCGCACGUAUAAUCGAGCAGAGAUCGAACGAAUGUUGGCGAACCCAAGAACAAACCUUACAUCCUACAACCCCCCAAACCCAUACCGGAACCGCAUAUUAGAAGGUCUGUUAAUUGAUCUAGUAAAAACGGUAUCAAAGUACAAUUGAAACAAUAUAAAAGAAGCAACCAUAACGUAACACUUACAAGAGAAGGGCCUUCCGCAUCGGGGCUAUCCUUCCUACCGGAGAGAACGGUAAAACGCACUAAACAAAGCAUCUCCUCCUGUUCUUUUCCCACCCUCCUCCUCCCCCCCCCCCCCCCAGCCUAUUUGCACCUGCCGUAUCGACAACACAAAGCGAAACAAAAUCCUUCCGGGUAAGAAGCUGGGCACGAGAGGGCGGCGACAUGCGGGCGCGCGUUUCGUGAAUUUGCAUGCGUAGACGAACUAUAUACUAUAGGCAAGGGCGGAAGCGAAAGAGAAAACUGCGACGAUGCGGGGGUUAUAUUUAACGAAAACAAAAAAAACACACACACCGCAUAAAUAAUGCGUCGAAGCGUAUACAUAUUUAAAACUCGCGAUACCUACAGCUUCCCCGUGCCCGCCCAUCGUUUGAAGCAAGUACAAAAUCGGUGACAAAUUGGUAGUAAAACGAAACGAAGCAAAAAAAAAAAUACACGGAAUCUAAAGCAAACGCGCUCGAAGCUAGACGAAGACGAGUCUCGCAACAGUUUUGCUUUCCAAUGUUUGUACAGAACAUAAAAUUCGAAUGGAAUCUAACACGGGACGAUAGAGAGCUCGGAAUGGGUAGUCGUUCAAAGCAUUGGGGCUCUAAACAAGCUUGCUGUUGUUUAAUUAUUUAGUUGAAAUUGAGGAAAAACAAAUCAAACUUCGAUGACCGUUAAAGUGCUCUCAUUUGCCUUUUUUCGUUUUGCUCGUUUGAAAAAACGAGUCCCCCCGUACAAGUAGCGCACUUUGCGCAAUUUGCGCUGGACGUAACAUUACUAUAUCGGUGGUAUGAUUGUAUUAGAUGGACAGCAAAAACAAAAAACGCGUAUUUCAACACACGAAAAUGCACUUUGGAGCGCACGGAUUGCACGAUAGCAAAUUGUACUUUUGUCACGGUGAAUAGACAACAAGCGCAGUCGGCAACACGGGAUACGCUAAUGUAAUACAAAUAUUUUUAUGUGAAAUGUAUGUUAUGUUACUGCUAAAUGUGUACCAAAACCAAACAACAGCAUAGUUACUAGUAUUGUUCAAAUGAUCACUCCCAAAUCCGCUUGCAAUCAUUACCAGAGGAACGGAUUCAAAUUGGAUGUGAACGGUAAAGCGUGUCUGCAGACGACAGCAGGCCACCAAAGAGACCGCCAGGAGAGAGUAUCUGUUUGUCCUCUGUUUUGCUGGUACAGAAAAGAGUUAUCAAUACCCGCCCACCCAGCGCACUGGAUUGCAUGCAUGGGUGAGUGGCAGAUAAGAUAAGCUUUACCGAUCGAAACCGGCAUUGCAAUGAACCAUACAGUGGAAUAACGAAAGUACAAGCCAACGACGACGCGUACGGACGCGUGCUAGCACUAGAGUGACAGUAUUUCCGAUGGAAUCGUACAUACGCAAUCGUGGGGGCUACAAAGUAAGUGUGCAAGCGACAUCAUUAAAAUCGAAUGCGUCCGAGACAGACCGACAAAAAUCGUACGUAUUAGCGGAUUUACUCUCACGCCGACCGGUAUAAUAUAGCGCACGAGAGAAGCGGUAGCUUCAGCCGGUGGUAGCCGGAAUCGUUUCACGGCGAUGAUAAGAGCCACAACCACAGCACAGUAAAUUCACCACAACAUUAGCACGUGUUUCGGUGUGCAUUCGGUAUGUAUGUGGAAAAGGGGGAGGGAAGACGCACAGGUACAGGGGCAUUCGGUAUUCGUCCGAGGUGGCGGUGGGGAGGCGGCAAAGGUAAUAGAAGAAUCGAUUUUUAUAAGCAUAAGGAACCAAGGGAAACGGUACAAUCGACAGUACGUGCUCUCGGGGCGGUUUAUUAGUUGAGUGUGCGCUCUUUACGUGUAAUAUGCUGCGACAUACGACAGCAAUGUGGGUGGGAAGUGUGGCGAAGCUAUGCGAGGAGCUGAGCGUGAGUGGCGAAGAUCGGGUAAUUUGCAUAUUAAAACACACACACACAUUAUAAUCAACGGAUCAAGACCCUUCAACGGUAGAACGGCUAAAUAAAACUGUGAAAUAAAAUAGCA